CCAUCAAUGCAUAUCUUGUUAUUGUCAAAUUGUAGUAACAUCUAAGCUUGAAAAUUGGUCGUUAUUACAAGAAAAAAGUAAUCUUUUGAUCAAUUUGAUUUAGAGUCUUCUUGUCCUUGAUGUUUAAAAUAUAAAAUUUGAUUCUUCCCAUCUUUUUGUUUUUUCAUUUGUUCUACCCAUAAUUGAACACUUACAAAGUCAUUUUCAUGUUGCUUAAUUGAAUUGUUAUUUAUUUUAUAAUCUCUUAAGAUGUUGUACAAAUCACAUUUUUAUAAUAAAUGAAUUCGUUUGAAAUCUGCCCCAACUACUGUUUCUCUAAUAUCAUUCAGCACCCUUUGAAUUGGUACACCAAGAGCUUAUUUACCUAAUACAACAUUUUUAAUAAUUAUUAUAUAUUUAUUAUAAUAUUUUAUAAUUACUUUUUUUUUGAUUUAUUUAAUAAAAUAAUUAUGAAUUAUGACAGUUAUGUAUCAUAAUAGUUACCUACCUGCUAACAUGGAUUUAUCCUCUGUAUGCAAUCUUUGCAUUCCAAUUUCAUUUUUAUGCCAUAAAUGAGUACUCCAUUGUUGUACAUUUAUUAUAUUCUCUUUUCUGUGGACUAUUAUAUGUGAAGGACAAAUUUUUGAUAUUUUAGCUGAUCCAAUACUUUUUAAUACUCUCUUUCCCUAAUUAUGCAUGUACUUAAUUUUUUUUAAAGAAUAAAUAAAUUUAUUAUAUAAUAAGUUUAUUUACUGUGCUUGAAGAUCUUGGAUUAUUUGAACGAUGACAAACAUAAUAUAAAUAUUUGACCCCAUUUUAUUGUUUUUUUAUGUUCUACGUACAUACUGACAUUUAUCUCGAUUGUCAUCAUCAGUUUUCCACUUGAGAAAUUCUAUACAAAAUUUUUAGUAAUAAUUUUUUGCUAACAUUAUUAAUAAUUUUUUUUAGUUUACCUUCCAUAGUAUUGAAAUUAAGUGAUACAAUUUCAAUGUUCGUAUUGUGUUCAAAUGACAAAUGUUUUGAAAAUUCUUUCAUUGUUUUGAAUGAUAGUUCACAAUUUUUGUAAGAACAUUUAAUAUGGCCUAAUUGACAACCAUCAUGUGAAUUUAUGUGUUUAAUUAUUUUAAUUUUUGAAUUAAAUUUCUCACCACAGUCAUGGUAUUGGUAUUAUGUACUUCUGUAAAACUGACAUAAUGUACAGUUAUAUUUCUCUUUUAUGUCAUAAUAAUUGGGUGUACCUAUAUAUGUUUCUGUAAUUUAUAGUUUUGAUGAAGUCACCCAUUGUAAGCUUUAUCAGUUAUCUGGUUAUGUUUGGGAUUUCCUACUGUGCACAAAUUUUAUUCUAUUAUAAAAAUAGAAAGCAAAGUAUCCAUACUAUAAAAAAAAUAUGUAGUUACUAUAACAAUAAUGUUAUCUGCUCUUGAAUCGAACAUUUUUUAAGAAAUCAGAAAUGUGUACUUCAUAACUUUUCGUAGAGACUAAAUAUUAUACGAUAACUGUUGCAUAUCGACAUAAUCGCGAAUACAUGAAGUUAGUCAAUAAUACUAGUGUAUCUUAUUAAUAUAAAUUUUGGCUUUUACACGACCUACAUAUUCCCUAUUAUUGCUAGUUAUUGAUUUCAAAAGUUGGCGGUAAAAAUGUAAAAAUUCAAUAUUAUUUUGUGAUAACAGUGUAGUGACGCCAUGUUGGAAUAAUUUGUAUAGGCAGAAAACGAAAUUGUUCGCCGCUGACACUGCCGACACUGUAAAGAAGCAACCUCAAUGUUUGUUCUCUUUCUCAUUUCCGAUAUCUGUAUUAUUUGUAUUAUUUGUAAUUUUUACGACGGAUCUGUUAGCAUAGUGUUGUACUUCCAUCAAGUUUCCAGUAUAAUGGUCAAGGCUAUGGAAGCAGUUGCGAGCUUGGCUAAAUUUGCCAAGAAAAAGCUCAAACAAAAUUUAUUAAGUGGUACAGCAAGAAUGGAACAUGGCGUUUCAUUCACCAAAAAACUGAAGCUAAGCUCAAGGGGACAGAAAAUCAUUGGAUGAUACACCAAAAAAAAGUUCGUAGUUGUAAAACCAAUCAUGGGCAAAAAUAAUGGUGAAAUCCGUAAAGUACACACUGUCAAACACAAGGCAUACUUAUCCAACAUUAAAAACGUACUUGGGAAGUGGUUGUGAUCAGAUAGAUCUACAUUUAACUUAUAGGAUAGGACACUCAACGAUUGGAAAAAUUUUGAGAAGAGUUUGCGGUGUUAUAUGGGAAGUACUACGAGCUGAAUCAUUUCCUGAGCUGAACGAAGAACAAUGGAUAGAUAUAGCUGAAGGAUUUCAAAACUACAGUCAGUUUCCCAAUUGCUUAGGAGCAAUUGAUGGCAAACACGUUAGAAUUCGUAAACCAAAGAUGAGUGGGUCACUUUUUUACAACUACAAAAAUUAUUUUUCAAUUGUUUUGCUCGGCAUCGUAGAUGUAAACUACAAGUUCAUUUAUAUUGACAUUGGCGCUUUCGGUAAAGAAUCUGAUAGUACGAUUUUUGAAAAAACAAAUUUUUAUAAGACACUUGAAAAUAAUACACUGAAUAUUCCAAAAAGCCGACCCCUUCCAGGUACUAAUAUAAUUAUGCCUUACACAUUUAUUGGCGAUGAAGCUUUUUCCCUUUCGUCGAACAUCAUGAGACCUUACAGUGGAAAAGUGUUGUCUCAUAAGAAAAGGGUAUUUAAUUACAGACUUUCAAGAGCUAGGAGGCAUGUGGAAAGUGGGUUUGGUAUAAUGUCAAAUAAAUGGAAAAUAUUUCAUAAGCCCAUAAAUGCUAAUUUGGAUUUAGCCAUUUCAGUAGUAAAAACCUGUUGUUCACUUCAUAACUACGUUAGAGUUAGAGAUGGAAUCAACAUACAAGAUGUCAUGAGUGUAACGGGAUUUGUUGACACAGAACAAGACGGAGAAACAACAAGAACAACUAACCAGUAUAUACACACAAGAAAUAAGUUGGCUGAUUAUUUUGUUUCGGAUAUUGGCAGUGUUCCUUGGCAAGAUAAAUACAUUUAAUACCUUUUUUAAAUAUUACAUAUUACUCUAUGUGUUAUUUGUAUGAACUACUUGUUGUAUUAAAUUUUUAAUUGACAUGUAAUAAAACUGAACAUUUUAUAAAUUUGUAACUACAAAAUAAUGCA